AUGCCUUCCGCCGUGUCCCAGUUGUACCAAUACACCCACGUCCCCGAAACAGAGGAGAACCUUGAUUGGGCUGACCUUCCGACCAUUGACCUCGCCAAAUAUGGCACACCAGAGGGCAACAAAGAGCUCGCCCAGACACUGAUUGAGGCCAUUCGCACAAAGGGGUUCUUUUACGUCAUCAACUAUGGCAUCUCGCAAGAGGCCGUUGACACACAAUUUGCUCUCGGUCAGAAAUUCUACGAGCUUCCCCUGGAAGAGAAACUCAAGUACGAACCGGACCUGGACUCGGGAGACUACAACGGGUAUCGUCCCGCGGGUAGACGGUUCCUGAGCGGCGGUCUCAAGGACAAGACGGAAGUCUGGAACAUGGCCACCAAGGCUGGACACAUCACACAGCCCCUCCCCAAGCUGUUGGAGGACCGCAAGGAAGAGAUUGAGGGUUUUGCCAAGAACCUGCACGACAAGGUGCUGGAUCCUCUGAACCACCUUAUCGCUCUGGCACUGGAGCUGCCUGAGGACUUCUUCACAAAGAUACACAAGUGGGAGACGCACGACGAGUCCCACCUGCGGUACAUGAAGUACUCAAAGUUCACCCCCGAGGAGAUUGAGAAGCUCGAGGACGGCCUGUGGUCCCGCGGACACACGGACCUAGGCACCAUCACCCUCCUGUUCCGGCAGCCGGUGGCGGCGCUGCAGAUCAGGGACCACAAGACCGGCGAGUGGAAAUGGGCGAAGCCGCUGGAUGGCAGUCUGACCGUCAACACCUGCGACGCCCUCAGCUUCCUGACCGGGGGUUACGUCAAGUCGACCGUCCACAGGGUUGCGGUGCCGCCCAAGGACCAGCGUCACGUUGACCGCCUUGGACUGCUGUACUUUGCUCGUCCGCAGAACGACGUCGUGCUCAAGACCAUCGACUCGCCGGUGCUAAAGCGCGAGGGCUUCACCCAGAACGAGUUCGAGGCCGGCGGCCACCGCGUCCCGACGAUGGGAGAGUUCACCACCCUCAAGCAGUCGUGGCAGCAGCGGAAGGGCGUCAGCUAUCAGUCGUCCGAGGGGCAGGAGAUCCUCCCGGGCUUCAAGGGGCAAUACUUUCAGUAA